UCAACUACAGUGGAAUCAGAUGCAGUUAAACUCUCAAACCUCAAACCCUAAACCUCCAUAAAAAAAUUUCGAUCACAAUUUACAUUCAUUUUGAUGUGAAGAGAACACAGAAAUUGAAGUAGAAUUCGUUGAUUCUCCAAUGGCGUCUGAAAUUGAAAUCGAAAUUGUUUCGGAUUCAAGCCAACAGAAGCCUGCCAAUGGGAACCCUAACGAAGUCCAUAUCGUCGACGUUUACUCGGCCGCAGCCUAUGGAGACUUCGAGAAGCUGCGGAACUUCGUCGAAAACGAUGGCGUUUCUGUCUCCCAUCCUGACGGCAACGGCUACUACCCUCUCCAGUGGGCCGCUCUCAACAACUUCGCCGACAUUUGCCAAUACAUUAUUGAAAGAGGUGGAGAUGUGAAUGCGAAGGAUAAUGCGGGACAGACGGCAUUGCAUUGGGCUGCAGUUCGUGGAUCGAUAGCAGCUGCAGAUGUCCUGUUGCAGAAUGGGGCUCGUGUUGAGGCUGAUGAUUUGAAUGGUUAUCGGGCAGUUCAUGUUGCUGCUCAGUAUGGCCAAACAGCAUUCCUCAAUUACAUUGUAGCUAAGUAUCAAGCUGAUUAUGAUGCACCGGACAGUCAUGGAAGGAGCGCAUUACACUGGGCUGCCGUUAAAGGGUUUGCCGAUACUAUUAGAUUGCUUUUGUUUAGAGAUGCUUCUCAAGGAAGACAGGAUAAAGAAGGCUGUACGCCUUUGCACUGGGCUGCAUUGAGAGGAAAUGUUGAGGCCUGCAGUGUGCUUGCACAUGCAGGUUCGAAGGAGGAAUUAUUGGUGAAAGAUAAGGCGGGGAAAACUCCCCUGGAGCUUGCUUCUGAUAAAGGUCAUCGGCAUAUCGCUCUUUUCCUUUCAAAUGCAUUGAGGGCAAGAAGCAAGGAUUGGAAACACAGGAUAUGCUCUAGACAUGAUGGAACAGUUGGUUAUGCCCCAGUUCUUUUCUCAUUAGUGGUUGUUAAUGUGAUACUGUUCAUUAGCUGUGUCCUUUUUGCUCCUAAUCUAACAAAAGUUACUGCAAUUGUUGGACUUUGGGGAUGGACGGGCGUAUCUUUUGCUGUUGGCUCUUUAAUCAUGUUCGCCCGGUGCAGUAGUGCAGAUCCAGGUUAUAUAAAAAUUGGAACUGCUAACCAUUCUGAUGCUGAGGAUCCUUUAUUGAAUAUUGAUUUGAAUAGCAACUGGAAUGGAAAUUGGUCUCAACUCUGCCCUACCUGCAAGAUUAUAAGACCAGUUCGCUCCAAGCAUUGUGCCAUAUGUAGACGCUGUGUGGAGCAGUUUGACCACCACUGUCCCUGGAUCUCAAAUUGUGUGGGAAAGAGGAACAAGCGGGAUUUUGUUGUUUUUCUCUGCUUCGGAACUAUAACAGCAUUGAUUGGCGGGGCAGUUGCUUUACAGAGAAUUUGGACAUCUGUACUACCCGUGCCAACUGGUGAAAGCUGGAGCCAUUUCAUAAUAUUUAACCAUCCCGGUCUAAUCGCGUUCCUGGUUAUGGACACUGCUAUCUUUAUUGCUUCAGCAACUUUAUUGUCAAUGCAGGCUACCCAGAUUGCUCGGAAUAUCACCACAAACGAAUUGUCAAACGCAAUACGCUAUGGCUAUCUUCGGGGGCCAGAUGGGCGCUUCCGGAACCCAUAUAAUCAUGGCUGUUGGAAGAAUUGCUCGGAUUUUGUAAUACACGGCUACACAGACGACAACGAGAUUUCUUGGCCUCCCCUGCAGCAGGUGGCCAGAUAGCAUAUGCGAAUUAUAGAGAAGCCCCAUGUUGUCACAUAAUACACUAAUGUAUUUGAUUGUUAAUAUCCUCUUGUAUAAUGCAACAUUACUGAUUAAAAAAACAAGUUGAUGUGAAUAAAAAUAUGUUUCAAAUAAUUA